GCCCCCGCGCGGCGCUGCGGAACCGGAGCUCCGGGCGGCGUCGGCAGAGGCGCGGGAGGUGGUGAGGCCAGGGCAGGGCGACAGGAGCCCGCGCGGCGACCGCAGCGAGAGCAGCGGGGACAGAGCAGACCACGACGAAGGCGCACAGGCAGCGGGGCCGGGCCGGGCCACCGGGAGAGCGGCCACCGGGUAGCGGGCGGGAGGCCGGGCUGGCAGCUGGCAGCCGCCGAGCCGCGAAGCGACAUGGUGCUGCUCAAGGAGUAUCGGGUCAUCCUGCCUGUGUCUGUAGAUGAGUAUCAAGUGGGGCAGCUGUAUUCUGUGGCUGAAGCCAGUAAAAAUGAAACUGGUGGUGGGGAAGGUGUGGAGGUCCUGGUGAAUGAGCCCUACGAGAAGGACGAUGGCGAGAAAGGCCAGUACACACACAAGAUCUACCACUUACAGAGCAAAGUACCCACAUUUGUUCGAAUGCUGGCCCCAGAAGGCGCCCUGAAUAUACACGAGAAAGCCUGGAAUGCCUACCCUUACUGCAGAACCGUUAUUACAAAUGAGUACAUGAAAGAAGAUUUUCUGAUUAAAAUUGAAACCUGGCACAAGCCAGACCUUGGCACCCAGGAGAAUGUGCAUAAACUGGAGCCUGAGGCAUGGAAACAUGUGGAAGCUAUAUAUAUAGACAUCGCUGAUCGAAGCCAAGUACUUAGCAAGGAUUACAAGGCAGAGGAAGACCCAGCAAAAUUUAAAUCUGUCAAAACAGGACGAGGACCAUUGGGCCCGAAUUGGAAGCAAGAACUUGUCAAUCAGAAAGACUGCCCAUAUAUGUGUGCAUACAAACUGGUUACUGUCAAGUUCAAGUGGUGGGGCUUGCAGAACAAAGUGGAAAACUUUAUACAUAAGCAAGAGAAGCGUCUGUUUACAAACUUUCACAGGCAGCUGUUCUGUUGGCUUGAUAAAUGGGUUGAUCUGACUAUGGAUGACAUUCGGAGGAUGGAAGAAGAGACGAAGAGACAGCUGGAUGAGAUGAGACAAAAGGACCCAGUGAAAGGAAUGACAGCGGACGACUAGCGCCACCGCCCUUUCUGCACUUUUUGCAAGACAUUGGUCAACAGGAAGGCCCAGCAGCUCCACCCUCCUGAGUGGCAGGCCAUCUUCGGACGCAGCCUUUCUGUGCUCAUUCUUCAGGCAACUUUCAAUCCCUUACUAUAGCUAUUUCUAGAUGCCCUUUAACAUUGUGAACAAAUAGACCGUCUGGUAUUAUAAAGCCUGUGUGUGCGGGAGCCUGAUCCUCUAAGAUAUAUGGUGUAGCUGCUGUGUUUACAGCUCAUCCUCUCUCCACUGUGCUCUGACCCAUUUCUGUAUGCCCUCCCCUUUUAUUUCCAAGUGAUGUUCUCAGUCUUUCCAAUGAGCUGCCUUUUGUGAUGUGAUUAUUUAAGCUCAUUUAUUUCAGCCUUGGGAUAAACUGAGCUAUUUUGCUUCCUGGGCAGAUCUUUGGCAAUGCUGAAUAUUCACUUGGGGAGAGAGGAGGAGUUAAAAAUACAGAGACACCUACCCCCAGCUCCUCACAAUAGGAAUGUGGCUUCAGACCCCUGACCUCUGCUCCUAGUAACCUCUUGUUUGCGUGCUCUAAGCACCAAGAAGGCACCCAAGGCCCAGCCAGUCUCAGAAAAUUUAGCAAAUAAUAAAUAACCCCUACUCGA